AUUCUUCUGUUCCUGACUGUUUAGAAAAAGACAAAAUUCAUCGGGCAACAACAACAUGCGAGCACGCCUGUUGCAGGGAAGACGCCGUUGCUAAACCGCCAUAGCCAAGAGCUUCUUCCUAGCUCCCUGCCGCUGGUUGCCCAAAGCUUCAUCCACUUACACGGCGGCCCGCCUAGCCAGGAGGAGGCGUGUUAGCCUGGCUAGCUGCUUGCUGAUGAGUUGUCUGGCCGACCACCACCACCACCACCAGCAGCACCACCGCCAGGAGAAUCCCAUUCGAUUUUCCUAUGACGAGACGGCCUUCUUUGCCCCGAUUGUUUCUCCAUUCCUCGCCUAUCGCUUCCAACCUCCUUCCAUUCCAACCUUAUCUGCCAUUUUCGAGACGGCCUUCCUGCUUCUUCUUUGAAUUGAAUUGGAUCAUAGACUCGGACUGAUCGACCAGAUUCCCGCCUGCUCUGCUUCGCCGUCAGGCAGGCCGGUCGGCCGACCGCCACCAUGGCGCCGCUGAACGACAUGUCGGCGCCCGGCACCGCCUCCUACAGUUCCGAUACCAUGGAGGUCGGUGACGGGACAUGGGACUUCACCAAGAACGACUUUCUCCUCCCGAACCUCGUCGGCCUCAAUUUCGAGACCAUGCAGUACAAUGGCAUGGGCAAUCGUUUCUCGACUCUGGCGCAGUACCACACACUCAUCAAGGCCCACGGCAUAAUAGGUGCCAUCGUCUUCCUCUUCAUCGUCCCCGCAGCCGUAUUUUACGCUCGCUUCUACACAAAACGCCCGGGAUAUGCCAUGCGGUAUCAUGCCUACCUUCAGAUACUCGCUGUGCUCCUGACCACCGCCGUCUUUGUCCUCGGUUACUUCUCCGUCGGCCCUGAGCGAAGCCUGACCAACCCGCACCACGGCAUUGGCGUCGCUAUAUACACCCUGAUCCUCCUGCAGAUCGUCGGAGGCCGCUUGAUCAAGAACAUACGAGGCCGCUCACUCAGGGUCAUGCUGCAUCAGUGGUUCGGCCGGACCAUUGCCCUGCUGGGCAUCGCCCAGGUGCCCCUUGGUCUGGCCCUCUACGGCUCCCCAAAGUACACCUUCAUUCUUUUCGCUGUCUGGAUGGCAUUUCUGCUGCUUCUGUACUUCAUACUCGAAUAUCGUGCCUAUGACCGUCCAGACUACGUGGUCCGCGACGGAAGGUCCGAGAUCGUCCGCACCGAGCCCAAGUCCGGUGGGUCUCGCUGGCUUGGCCCCCUCGCCGCCGGUGGUGCUACCUGGGCUCUCUUGCGUGGGCGCAAGAAAGAGCGGUCUCGAAGCAGGAGCCGCAGCCGCUCGCGUGCGUCUCGCCGAGGCAGUCGGAGCCGGAGCCGUGCCCCGGAGGUCAUCCCGUCCAGACGGGCUAGUUACAUUGAGGACGAGAAGUAUACCGAUCGAUACAGCGAAAGACCGAGGAAGAGCACCGACGAACACGGCGGUGGUUUCAUGAACAAGUUCCUCGGCGUGGGCGCUGGCCUGGGUGCUGGUGCGCUGAUCGGCCGCAUGAUGGGCAAGAGAAAGCGCGGGGUCGACGACGAUGAGUACUCAGCUGUGGCAACUGACACGCCCAGCAGGAGGCGUCCGUCGAGUAGGAGACGUGCCGGCACAAUUUACAGUGACGAAAGCGAGGAAUACCACAGGGAUGGGCACAGGUCACCUCUAUUGCCCGGACCCGGUGGCCCGUCAGCAAUGGCAGCAGCUGUGAGCGCAGCCGAGGCUCGGCCGGGGGCUCGGAGGUCAUCAAGGCCCAUCACUCCGCCGCCUUCCCAUCGCCGCGGAGAUCCGAGGAUGGAAAGUGUGGUAGAAUCUGACUACUCCUCAUAUAUAAGCCCAUCAAGACGGGACCAGGUGGGCAGCCACCCGGGCAGGGGAGCGGCUGAGAAAGGUCUCCUCGCGGGGCUGGGUCUAGGCUGGUUCGCCAAGAAGAUGAGAGAUCGGCGGGAGCAGAAGGAGGAGGAACGGAUGAGGAUCGAGGAGGAGGAGAGGCGUGCAGGGCGCUAUAGCCCGAGAUACACUGGCGACGGAUACUCCAACUCGCCUCGCAGAGAGUCGCGCCGAGCGUCCAUCCGCCCAGCUGGCCCGCCCAGGAGGACGACAUCACCAUCCCGCUUGACAGAAGAAUCGUCGCUUAUCGAGCCGCGGCCUCUGUCAGGGUACGAGUCACACCCACCACUUGAGCCCCUGCCGACGGGAGGCUACCGGCCACCACCAACGGCGGCGGGUCCUGCACCGCCGCCGGUCGGCCAGUAUGCCAACAUGGCGUCUGCCCCGGCGCCGGGUAUCAUACCAGUGCCGAUGGAUACCGGAGGGCAUUCGAGAACGCAUUCGCACCAGAGCAUCGUCGACAUGCCUGCAAUGCCACCCGACCCACACGGCGUCUUGCACACGGCCAAGUCGUCGGAGACCGAAUCAUACCUGUCACGGAGAGAAAGGCGGUCUGAGAGCCGCCGCAGGGCAGGCGACGACGCGGCCGCAGCCGCUGCCGCGUCGGCCGCGCAUCUUGCAGCAGAGCAGGAGGCUCAACGCCGAGUGGAGUCGGACCGUGAAACGUCCAGAGACAGAACACCACCGGUAAGCGUCAAGGUCAAAGUGCAUGACGACAAGGACCGGAACGUGACACUGCGCCGCCUCACCGAGCAGGAGGCUUUGGCAGCCCGGCGAGCGAGGAGGCAACGCACCGAGUCGCUGAGCAGUCUUUCCGGGAGCGAAGCGCCUGGUGGCUCCUCCCGCACGAGAUACAGGCGCGACACGAGCCGGCGGCGGGCGGCAGAGGAAGCGGCAGAACACAGGGCAGAGUCGUCACUGUCGUCGCUGCCACAGCCGACACCUGCCUUCGCGGGCGGCAAGAAACCAAAGGAUUCGGCGUACUACUCGGGUCAGCCGCUCGCACAGGUCGGACCGGCGGGCAUGACACCAGCAGCGGGCGCGACGGUCUCAACCCUAGCGAGUAUCCAGAGUCCUGGUAGCCACGGGACCUGGAGCGGGAUGAGUCCAGUCGGAGGCCCGUCUGCGGUCGGAGGCGUGCCGGCGGCAGGGCCCAGCGAGGCCAGCGCGACUGCUUCGGCUGCUGACAGGAGGAGGCGGCGACGCCUCGAGCGGCAAGCCGCAAGGCCUGGGGCGAGCGGGGCCGUUGACUUCACAUGAGCAAGGCGAGGCCGAUUCUCGGGACCAAUCCCACAUUCCCAUACUUUGUUUGGGGUUCUGAUUUGCUGUCAAAUCUGCAUAUGGCAGGUGCAUACAGUCCUGUCUGGCGUUCAGGUUCGUCCAAGCAAAGGAUGAUAAGCACAGGUGUCAAGGCACGAUCUGACAUGAUCUGUCUGGGUCGGGUCGAUUUUGGUCGGG